CGGGGCCGGGCGCUCGCAGCGCUGCGGGCGCUGGGCUGAGCGGGAUCCGCUCCGGCUCCGCUCCGUCAGCUGCGCUGCUCGGGUCCGACUGCUGAGAGCGGGUUACCCAUCUGAGAGCGAUUUGGGACUGACGGAGGUAGAUGGAUUUGGGAAGGGAGGAGGGGGAAGGAUCGCUUAUGCAGCGACUGGAGGCCGGUGAGCCCUGAGGUGCUUGGGGAAGUUCGGAAGUAGCGCGGAUUACUGGACUGCUGCGGGGCGCUGAUUCCUGCCUGAAGCGGUCCCAGCUGGAGAGCGGCUCUCAUCUGUGCAACGCUAAAGGACACUCUUAAUAUUGUUGAAUGCGGCUGCAGUGCAAAAUGGGCUUUUCCAACAACGUGGAUGUGGAUAUGUAAUUGAACAGCUUCCUGGAAAGUCUUCCCCAUGGCUGUAUCUGAGAACGAGACAGAGAGAUGGCCUCGCAGGCACGGCGGCGGAAUAGGAGCACUGAUGGAGCCCACAGCUGCUGCUGACAGCAGCCAUCUGUCCCCAGUGCCAUCCCUUGGCAGCACAGACCACGUCCUGCACCUCCCUGGGCGAGCAGACUCUGCAUACAGCUCUUUCUCAGGGGGUUCAAAUGUUCCAGAGUAUCACACCCCAUCGUGUUAUGAUGCACACUGCUGUUCAGCUUCAGAGCAGGUACCGUACAUGGACUCGGAAUAUGUAAGAGGCAUUUAUAACCUCAGUGCAGCAAGCUCUGCUCUCAGAUGCCUGCAGCCAUGCCAGGCACCAGCCCAGGGCAUCCCUGCUUCCUCUCACAGCCCUGCUCUUGCUGAGUGCAGCAGUGGCACUCCUUCCCAUGAGAUGCUGGACCAGGGACUGCUGCCUCCGGCUGCACCUCCGCCCUCUCCUCCCAUGCGACUCGACAGCUACAGAGUCACCAGACACCUGGAAAGCACAAAGGGGAGAGGGAGGCGGAACUCUGGAGGUCUCAGUGAGUGCAGUGUGCAGCAGUCAGCUCCUUGCACGGACAGCCAGCCGGUGAGUGUAUUGCAUGGCCAAAUAGGGGCUGGAAGCAGUGAGCCAGCUAUGAUGGCAGCUAGGAGAAGGGCUCUGGAAAAUAAGGGUCCUUCUGGUUCUGCAGAUGGAGUAUCUAUAUCAAAACUUCAGGGGUUAAGGACAGAAGAAAAUGGGGAGUGGAGCCCAUCCCAAAAGCCUGCGAGGAGAAGUAAUCCCCACGUUUACAGCAGGCCAUCUUCCUUCAUUUUUCAAGAAUAUCUGAAGACUGACUCCAUGGCUAACAUCCCUAAAAUUCUGUCUGCUUAUGGUUCAGCUCACAUGCACAGUGUUUCAGAAGAGGUGAAGCCCAGGCCCUACACAUCUGCACACAGCAGCCCUGGUGCUGCUGGUGAUGCAGGAGGGGAUGAGCUGUGCCCAUGCAGUGCACACCGGGCAGUGCUCGGGGAUGCAGAGGUGCAAAGCCGAUGGAAGGGAUCCCUGCUAGGUGCUCAGUGCCCGCUCCGUGCUGAGCUGCCUCUGAACGUGGGUCAGGAGGUGUUUGAGGACAUUUGUGACUUGAAAUGUAUGGAGAAUGCUCUCCUUAUAAAAAAUGCUUCCAGGAAGUCCAGCAGCUGUACAGAUAAAAAUGGGUGCUAUGACUACAAAGGAGAAAUUGGGAAUGUUGUUAGGGAGCCGCUUCUGAAUCCACAAGGCAAAAUGCAGAAAUCGCUGCUGUCCUGCAGCUGUGAUGCUGCAGAAUUGGAGCAGCCUCCCCCUGGGAAGUUGGAUCAUGGCAAUAAGCAAUGCUGUGAUAAUACUGAGCAAAUGGCUUGUCUUAGAUCAAAGAAAGAUUCCUCAUCACAACCUUUAAAUGAAGGUUGUGCCAAUAGCAGCGGUCCUGGCCUUAACAUGCAGCUAGAGCAAGAGCAACCUCCUGUUCCUUAUCAGAAAUGUCAGCCUGGACUUCAGCAAGAGCUCUUAAGGCAGACACUGUAUGAUCCUGCUGGUGAGCAAAUAACCAGGCAGACAACUCCGAUGCUUUAUUACCUGUCUGGGGGAAGGGCUGCCAACACCACACACCACACUAAGCUCACGCAAUGUCCAGAGGGUGUGAGGAGCUCACCGAAGGGAUUUGCAACAAGCAGCCACACUGCCUCAGCGUGGAGCACAGAGAUGCAGAGGGAAAGCAGUCAGCCCCGAAAGGCUGAGCAUCGCCAGCACUGUGCCAACGGGGAUCCCCUGAACGAGGCUGAAGACAUCGCUCUCGGGAGUCCUGCUUCAUCCAUGGAGGAGAGUUCUAAGAAUGACUACAGAGAGAAACUUAAAGUGGCUCAGAAAAAGGUUCUGAGAGAAACUUCCUUUAAAAGAAAAGACUUACAAAUGAGUUUGCCUGUUAGACUGAGACAAAAGCCCUCCAAAAGGCCUUCAAUUGAGCACCUUAGAUCUUUCUCAUUGUCCAAUGCAAACGAGGAUUCCAAACCUGCUCCUUGUUCUGCUUCACACCUAGAAUCCUUGGAAGGUUUCAAUAAGGACACAGAAAUUAAGAGGCCACAAGCAGGUCGAUUAGGGGGAAGGAAAAGGUUGACAAAAGAGGAAAAGAAACUGUGUUAUUCUGAACCUGAGAAACUCAAUCAGCUGGCAGACAAGGAAGUCCAGGGGAACAGAGGCAGCGAUGAGAGCACCGAGCAGGAUAUGGCCACAGCCAGGAGAAGGACUUCAGAGAGCAGAGGGAGGGCACUUUCCAGUUCGAGCAUCUCCAGGACGGAGCUGAAGCAAAUCCAGCACACUGCACUGAUGGAGUACAUGGAACGGAAGAUCAGUCAGAGACCAGGCAGCACGCAGCACAUCCCGCAGCAUAAACCACCCUUGCAGACGGGGCCUUCGCAUCCUAAAUGGCCUCCUGGCAGGAGCUCCAACCUCGGUGAGAGCAGAAAGACGUCAAGCAAUGAGGCUUCCUGCCAGGUGUUCUCUGAAGAAGCAGCACCAGAUGUUUUCCCUCCUCCUUCACCUGUUCCCCCACCAAACACAGAUGUUGGAUGCGGGACGGUGCCAGCAAAGCCCAGCCUGCAUCCUGCUGCACCGGAUUGCAGCUGCAGCACCGAGUGUGUGUCUGUGCAGAGCAUCCCUCUGUCGGGUGCUGCUGCCCAGGGGAGGGAAGUGGAGCAUCCUUCCAUGCAGGCUGCAGACAGAUGUGCCAGCUGUGCGGUGCCACCAGCCCAGCCUUGUGAAAACCACCUCAGCACCCCCAGUUCCCAUGAUCCCAGGGAAGACGGAUGCCAGAACCAGGAACAUCGAGACAGAGUUGCUGGAAGCUCUCUGUGUCAGCACAGUGAGGAGCUAGCUGCCAGCAGCUCUAUCCCCAGCCCAAGAAAUGGAGGCAGGGAAGAUGCUCAAGUAGAAAAGAAAAGCAGAAGUGGAUCUCAGACUGGCAGUGCUUUAACGACGUGCCCAGAGCUGCAGCUGAAGGCAAGCAGUGCUGUGGCUGCUGAGGGGAAUGUGGCAAGUUGCCUUGUGCUGCCAGCUCAGCCUCAGCAAGGAGAUGGAGGUGCAGCCCCAGGUCAGGGUGUAAAGGAAGCAGCUGCACACAACAGCCGAGGUGGUGAUCUGCAGGAGGGGGAGACGGACCUGCCCCAAAGGAGGCUGUGGUCUCCUGAGGACCGGCAUUACGAGGAGCUUGCGAUGGAUCUCAUUGCCAAAGACAGCUCUCUGGUUGAUGUCCUCAUGCCUUAUCCCGUUAGAAAAACUGCUCUGGACUUGAUGGAGGGUCUUUUCCCUGUUAACAUUUCCGUGUUGGAAAUGCACAGAAGGAAGGCAGAUCUGCGACGUGCACGGGAGAAUGACAGGAAAAGCAGUGGAGAUGUGACAGAAGAAUGUCCUGAAUCUGAACUCACCCUCGAGCAAAGGAGUGAAGAUCCCACUGGGAAGGGAAACCAUGCACUGGGCAGGAGUGGAGAUGACACGAAGGACCUAGAUGACAUCACGUGUAAAAAGAAACUUGGCUGUACUCCGUCUCAGCUGGAGCUCAUCUCCAGCCUUAGGGCCAAAUUGCGGGUGCUGGCAGAGGACAGGGAGCUCGUCCUUGCUGAGGCCAAGGAGUGUGCAGAGCGUGGUGAGGAGCUGGAGGCUGCCGUGCGUGCUGCCUGCAAGCCCAAUGAGUUUGAGCGCUACCUGAUGUUCAUCGGCGACCUGGAGAAGGUGGUGAGCCUGCUGCUCUGCUUGUCCAGCCGCCUGGCCCGCGUCCAGAACGCCAUGAGGAAGAUCGAUGGCAGCACAGAUGCUGAGGAGAAGCAAUCGCUGAAUGAACGGCACAAGCUCUUGUCUAGACAACGGGAGGAUGCAAAGGACCUGAAAGAAAACCUGGAUCGUAGGGAGCGGGUGGUGGCUGGGAUCCUUGCCAAAUACCUGACCGAGCAGCAGCUCCAGGCCUACAGGCACUUUGUGCAACUGAAGACCUCUUUGUUGAUUGAACAGAAGGACCUCGAAGAACAGAUCAAAUUUUUCGAGGAACAAUUAGAAAAUCUAGAGAAAAGCAUCCCUCUCUAAUAACAGCGGGCUGUCCAUUUUUAUGUGCGAUAAUUUGUGAUGUUUUCCUGGGAAUCCAUGGGCGCUCACUGCACUGAGUUUGAACUCUUGCAGUCCUGUUAGUGCCACAGUAUUGACGGGUGCUUAGAUGCUCUAGGCACAACUGGAUGUGCUUUCCCCUUGGAUAAGCCAGGUGACAAAAUCCUGUGGUGUAGCAGACUGCACUUUGGGAAUGGCUGCUGGGACAUCUUGCUCCCAUUAAUCUGGCGUGUAUUUCCCCUUCUUGUUGUCUGUCCAUCUGUUUGCAGAUUGACAUAAUCUCAAUAAAAGAACGGCAUAAAUAUU